AGGAUGUGAGGAGAGGAGCGGCGACGGAGGCGGCGGGGGAGGCGGAUCAGAGUUGGUCGUCUAUUGAUGCACAGCAGCCGGCAGGUGGGGGGAAAAGAAACAAGAAAAAGAGAAACCUUACCGCUGCCCUUUCUCUGCAACAGCGGGAGAGUGUUUGACAGCGAGAUGAACACGUCCAGUUUGCAGAGAGUCUCCAAGCGUCUACUUUCAGCAGCUGCCAGCAGUUGAGGCGGCUUCACCGGAUUCGACUGUUUUAUGAGUAUCUGAGGAGUGGAGUUUGUCCGCAUGUCUUGACGCCCCGGAGAGGAUUUUUGUGUUUCACCCAGGAUAUGGAUUGAGGAGAUGAGUGCCAAGGUGGAGCCCAGGAGGGAUGAGGUUGUUGUCGGGGGCGGCGAAAUGGGCUGCCGCUGCCCCGUGGCACCUCCGACUGCCGCCGCCUCGCCGUGAGCAUGCAGGUCCUUCAGAUCGUCAAAGAGCUGGUGUCGCCGUCCAGACGCAGGGCAGCGGCCAUAUUCGGAGCGUCUGAUACUGAGCAGGAUGCAGCUGUAAAACUUGACCAGGAGCGAGCUGAGAUAGUCGCCAAAUAUGACAAGGGGAAAGAGGCCACCGUGGAGCCCUGGGAGGACACCAACUUCCACCUGUACAAAGUCGUCGACCGUUUUGGCUUCGUCCAUGAGAAUGAACUUCCAUCCUACGACUCGGUGGAGGAGAAGCAAAAACACACGGAGGUGGAGAGGACCACCAAGUGGCUGAAGAUGCUGAAGAGCUGGGACAAAUACAAGAGCAGCGACAAGCUGGUCCGGAGGAUCUAUAAGGGAAUUCCUCUGCAGCUCCGAGGGGAAGUCUGGUGUCUGCUGCUGGAUAUUCCCAAAAUAAAGGAGGAGAAGAAGGAUUUCUAUGAGAAGCUGAAGGCCAGAGCCAGAGGACUUUCCCCCGACAUCCGGCAGAUCGAUCUGGACGUGAACCGAACCUACAGGGACCACAUCAUGUUCAUGCACCGCUACGACGUCAAGCAGCAGGCGCUCUUCCAUGUCCUCACAGCUUAUUCCAUGUACAACACGGAGGUGGGUUACUGUCAGGGCAUGAGUCAGAUCACCGCUCUGCUGCUCAUCUACAUGAAUGAAGAAGACGCCUUCUGGGCUCUGGUCAAGCUGCUGUCGGGCCAAAGACACUCCAUGCAUGGGUUUUUCAUUCCCGGCUUCCCGAAGCUGAUGCGUUUCCAGGAGCAUCAUGACCGGAUCCUGAAGAAGAUGAUUCCUAAACUGAAGCAGCACCUGGACAACCAGGAAGUGUUUACCAGUUUGUACACCAUGAAGUGGUUCUUCCAGUGUUUCCUGGACAGAACUCCCUUCACACUCACCCUCAGGAUCUGGGACAUCUACAUCUUUGAGGGCGAGCGAGUUCUGCCAGCGAUGUCCUACACCAUCCUCAAGCUGCACAGGAAGCACCUCAUGAAGCUGUCCAUGGAAGAGCUGGUGGAGUUCCUGCAGGUGUCUCUGUCCAAAAAUUUCUACUUAGAGGACGACUUUGUGGUGGAGCAGCUGCAGGCGUCCAUGACGGAGCUCCGCCGGAUGAAGCUGGAGCUGCCUGCACCAGGUAAAGAGGAAGAGUUUCCCAAGAAGCCUCUUGGGCAGCUUCCUCCUGAGGUAGCGGCACCAGUGUUGAACCACGUGGCCAAUGGUCAAAGCCACACGGAGCCGGCCGAGCCGCCCAGGAACCCGAGUCCGGCAGCAGACCGCCAGCGGGACAGUCGACCCCCGAGCCGGGCACGCCGGGACUCGCUGGACAAACCAAUCCGCCACCACAAGGCAAACAGAAGGGAUGUUCACUCCAGGGGAUCCGGUGAAAUCCCCAAUGAGCAGCAGAGGCAGUCCACCUCCACCACACCGGAGAGGAGAGUGACUCCGCCCUCAGCCCCCACCCCGAUACCACAGAUCACAACAGUGGACCGAGGGAAUCCUCAGAGCCACGCCACGGCCAACCACAACUCCAACGCUGCCUCCAGCUCCCGCAGAGAAAUCACCCCCCGCUGGUACAAACCCUCUGAGACGAAGCUGGAAGCUGCCAAGAUGGCAGCAGCCCGGGAGGUCCAGAAGAGCCGAGGGGCGUCGCCGGCACCUUACAGCCCGGACGACAUCGCUCUGCCACACCGCCGACCUCGCUCAAAGGGGUUCGUUCCUGGCUCCAACCGAGGCUCCAACGCCUCCCAGUAUGACAACGUACCUGGGCUGCCAGAGCAGGAUUUCGAGAUCCUGGAGCUUGACAGACCUCUGUCCAGAAUGAGGGCCCCUCGCAGUGAGGCAGCCUUUUCUGUAUCAGCCCUGCAUCAGGGCAGCCCCAGCCGAGGGCCCAGUCUGGCCGGGAGUGUGGUCUCCGUCACAUCAGGGCCCAGGAUGGCCAAACACCCUCUUCCGCCUCAAUUUCUACACAACAGUCCAGGAGGCGUCCCGGCCAGCUUCUCUGGCAGCCAGAGCCAGUUCCACACGCCGCCCCUGCAGCACUCCCCUGCAAGAACGACUACUGAGGUUCCCAUCUUCCAUCCGGCCUACAGCGUGAGCCUGGACCAGAGAGGCGAGGACAGACUCUAUGCCCCUCCUGCCCGGUUCACCCCACCCUCCAGCGUGGCAUGCAGCGACCGAGUGUACGCCACCACCCAGCAGCAGCCCAGCACCCUCUCCCCAGAGAAGACCUUCAUGAACAACUCCUUCGCUACCUACCGAAGGCAACCACCACCCAGUUCCGCCCGCAACCCCCAAAACGCCAGGCCUCCACCAGAGCACUCACUGCAGCUGGAAACCCAGGGCAGCUCUACGCCCAUCUACCUGCAACAACUCACCUCCACCGCACAGGUUGGCGCUCCGGUGGACUACAGGUUCGAGGGCCAUCGGAGAGGUGAGGUGAACUACCUGCCGGACAGCGGGCCUUGGCGGGCCACAGAUGGGCUCCAGUGGGAGCCGGAGGACGAGCUGCCCUUUCAGUCCCCAGGUGGGAUGCCCCGCUCGCCCAGCUUCCAGCGAGCCCAAAUGUCACCCGUUCAGGAGUUCACUUUCCCCUCCACCCCAGACACCAUGAUCCACUACAGGACACAGUUCCAGGAGCAGCAGCCCGUCAUACGACAACAGCUCCCCCAGCUGUUCGGAGGACCACACUACAGGCACGCACAGGAGGCGUUUGCCAUGCAGGAGUCCAUGCUGCUGUGAGGGGAAGUUAAAGAAACGACAGACACUGUAAAAAACUGAGGUGUAGUCGCCGACACUGUGGUAAAGACGAGCAGUAGUCCUAGCUUUGUUAGGGACCUGGUUUGUUGCUCUUUAUGUGUGAAGUAUUGACCUUCUGACUGUCGUGCUGCAUCGUAACGUUGCAGGACACACCAGCCUCUCAUGUUUUUACUGAUCACUUUAAAAAGAGAAACAAAGCUGACUGAAGAUAUUAAUUUUAUUUUUGGAUGUAAAUCAUUAACAAGAGGUGACAGCAUAUAUAUAUAUAUAUAUAUCUUUUAGAGUCUGAUAUGUACAGUGGAUUUUCUUUGUUAAUAUUCUGAGUUAUCCGUAGCAGGAGAGCAACACUGAUCUAUUUUCCAUCUUUAUUUUUUAUGUUACUUCCAGAUAUUUACAUUAGAGAUCAGUUUACUCUGUAUGCUUGUGAAUGUUAUUUUUCAAAGAAAUUAUACAAAUGUCCAAUGAUAGAGUUUAGAGAGCGGCGAUGAAUGGGGUAAGUUUUGAUUUUGAAGCGCCUCCACUGUAGAAAGAAAAAAACAGGUUUUUGCUGUUUAAUUUUUCGCAUUUUUGUCCACAUUCAGGAAUAAUUUUUACUCCUGGUCGUGCAAUGCUUUCACAUUUACACUUAUUCGAGGUCAGCGUAGUUUUUUUGGUUAAAUUCCAAACCUGAUUAGAGACUCGAGCACUAGAGAGCUACUUUCUGAGGGCUAAUAAUAUCUUAAUUUUUGGUUUGAUGGCUUUAAGUCAUCUGAUUUGCUCUGUAACUGUAGAUAACAUGUUCUUUUUUUUAAAUUGCUGUUGACACAUCUCGAGUUCUCACAGUCUGAGAUGGAUGUGAACUAGUUUCAGUUUGUGCUUCAUUAUGUCUUAUUAUUCUCAACACUGUCAUACCAACUACUGUUCAGCUGCUGGCACUUCCACUGGCAUACACAGUCAUCUGGCACACAAUCACAUUUUUGCACACACUACAUGACAUUACACAGUCACAUUCCCAGUGAUUAUUCCUCAUUCUCUGGUUUUUAAUGCAGUUCCUCUCAGACAGUAUUGACGUACUGUUCACUACAUUCCCUAAGUUAUCUUUGUUUGUUUUGUUAAACAACUAAUUGCAGAUCAUUCUGAUACUUUGCUUAAUAAAACGAGGUGGGGGUGAAAAUCAAA